AAUCACUAGUUGAUCGGUAUUCUUUGCUGUAGUAGGCUUGGUGUUCAGUUAUUAGUAAGGGAGGGUUUUGCGUUUCUUUUCGUGAAACACAUUGAUUUCUUCAAGACUCCAGGGUAUUGUAUUGAUGGGAUAAUCAUCAGGUUAUCGCAAGUAAGAUUGGUUGGAUAAACUUGGAUCAAGAUGGAUUUUGGAUUUUCUUCAUACCACAAUGGUGGCCCAGCAAGGGAACAGGAUUUUGGCAGACUUUCUCAGUCCAUUGGCACAUCAAUACUCAAGAUAUCACAAAAUGUUUCUUCUAUGCAAAGAAUGGUCAAUCAGUUGGGUGGAUCUACGGACUCUCAGGAACUUAGGAAUAAGCUCCAUCAGAUUCAGCAUUAUACGCAACAGUUGGCAAAAGACACAAGCGUUCAUUUGCGUGAUUUGGCAAACUUGACCAACAAUGCAGGCUCGAGUAGUCCAGGAGAGCAGAGGCAGCAAAAGAUGCAGAGGGAAAGGCUUCAAGAUGAGUUUACUGCUGCACUGAACAGUUUUCAAUCAGUACAGAGGCUGGCAGCAUCUAAAGAAAAAGAAAUGGUACGUAAGGCAAAGGCGAAUGCUGGCAUCAGUCCUUUUGGUGAGAAGAAGCAAGAGACAUUGAUAGAGCUGCAAGAUAAUAGGACUCAGCGACAAAUUCAGCAGCAGCAAUUACAAGAGGAACAGAAUUUGCGAAUGCUUGAAGAACAUGAAGCUAGCAUACGUCAGUUGGAGAGCGACAUAAGCGAUGUCAAUCAAAUAUUCAAAGAACUUGGUGCUCUAGUUCAUGAGCAAGGGGAAAUAGUUGACUCGAUUGAAGCUUCUGUUGAAAGGACUGAAGUUUUUGUUAGCGAAGGUGCACAGCAGUUACAGCAGGCUUCGACGUAUCAGACAAAAUUGCGUAAAAAAAAAUGCAUACUUAUCGUCAUUGCCGCUGUUGUGUUAUCUAUUCUGAUAGGAAUAAUUGUUUGGCAAACGUCGUAAAACAAGUCUCAGAAUGGAGAAUUGACGUGAGAUGUAAAUCGGAAAGAGAUUAGAAUGAACUUUGUCAAAGCGUACUUAUUCUGGCUGGAGAGAAUCAAUACCACUAAAAUAUUACUGGUGCUAAGAGAGGGCAGAGUAUUUGCGCAAAUCUGUUGAACCAAUGAUGAAUGAUUGUGAUGUUAUUAAAGAUAGUUUGCAUGAGCUUGCAUAAAGAUCGUGCCAGAACUUCGGACCGAAGCGUAAUAAACAUCUCGAAGUUCUUUAUUUUAAUUGUUGCAUGAGCCAUAAGUGAGUUUAUAAUUCGAUAAUCAAUGUCACGUUCAACUUGCAGCAGGAUCUGCAUUUCUCAAGCGGGUAAGUUUGAAUUCGUCCAAAGCCAGGUAACACAGUCUUGCACUGAUAAUUCAACGUCUUUAGGCUGUAUUAUAAAUAGGGACUUUCAAAAAUCAGGCAACAGAUCGAGUCACAGAAAAGUCCCAUAUAUUUGUAUUAUACUAUUGUUACGUUACGUAAUCUAUUAAUUGACGACGAAUACAGUCGAGAUAUGGGAAUUAGGGAAGCGAAGAUCUUUGAAAAGCAAAAGCCGGUCACGUACUAUUGUAUAACGACGUAGCUGGGACGUCUUGUCUAUAUGAUUGGAAUUAUUAUUAAUCAUAUUGAUAACUAUCCAUGUAUACAGUUUUAAUAUGAUAAAAAUAUAUUCAUUAUAGUAUUGUUGUUUAAUAGCAAAUAUACCGUACUCUAAAUGUAACCCAUUCGCAUGUAUUAAUUAUGUACUAGAAGAGGUAUCCUAAAUUAAAAUGUAGCAUUGAUCAGAUACCAAAAUUAUCGCCAUUCCAAUUAAUCGUUAGUGAAUAAAAGUAAAGAAGGUUUAAUUUCGCUGUGUGACUGUAAAAAUGAACAAAAGUCUAAACCAAAAAAAAAUAGCACAAUGCAAAUUAACGAUCGCGGAUCAAUUAAUGUGAUCUAAAUGAUAUUAAUUACCUAUUUAUGUAUUAUAAAACUACCGUUUUAUUUUAAUCAAAAUUUAAUAAAUAACUACAUCAUAUUACAAACCAUAAAA